AUGAGACUUCUCCUCCUGGCCCUGCUGGGCAUCUGCUGUCUCUCCGCAUGCACUGUGGACGGUGUGGGCAGUGAAGUCCCUGAGAAGAGCGUCUGUGUGAGCCUGUCCACGCAGCGGCUGCCCAUCAACAGGAUCAGGACCUACACCAUCAAGGAGGGCUCCAUGAGGGCCGUGAUUUUUAUUACCAGACGUGGCCUGAAAGUAUGCGCUAAUCCAGAAGACGWGUGGGUGAAGUCAGCGGUCAAAAGCGUGGACAGCAGGUCCACCACCAAAAGGAGCAAGCUCCAGAGCAGCCCCCCCAGGGCCCAGCCCACCACCACAGCCUGGACCCCGUCCAGGUAG